AUGUACCGUGAGGAAUGUACGUCAUUGUUCACCGCCGGACGCCCGCUGGAUAAGGGGAUGGACAGAAACAGCCACAAUAACUGAUAGAUUUGCAAAAUUACAGCAAUGAACGAUGACCAUAGUUGACAAACCAUCAGAGAAGUCUGACCCUGAGUCAGAUCGGCCCAAGCGCUCUGGUUCAUUGACCCCAUUCACCUGUGGAGAUAUGGAUGGCAGCUCUACCAGCUGGGGUGUUGGAUCCUCACCCUCUGACACCCCAAAAACCAAAACCCCCUACGUGGGCCCCACCCCUGGUGCUGCUGUGUACAGCAACAGUUCAGCUGCCACGGGAGAGAGGCCCAAGGAGCAAAUGGUGAUGAUCAGCGGAGAUGGCAUCGUUAUCCCCCAGAAAGUCCUUUUUCCGGCAGAGCGACUCAACCUGAAAUGGAACCAAGUUCACCGCGUAGGAGCAGGACUCCAGAACCUCGGCAACACUUGCUUCCUCAACUCAGCUCUCCAGUGUCUCACGUACACGCCUCCCCUUGCCAAUUACUUGCUGUCCCGGGAGCAUUCAAAAACAUGUCAUGAGCCCGGCUUCUGUAUGAUGUGCACCAUGCAGAAUCACAUCACCCAGGUCUUUGCCAACUCUGGGAAUGUCAUCAAACCCAUUGGUGUUCUUAAUGAGCUAAAACGGAUUGCAACACAUUUUCGCUUUGGGAGCCAGGAGGAUGCCCAUGAGUUCCUCCGAUACACAGUGGAAGCUAUGCAAAAAUCUUGCCUGUCUGGUAACAAAUUGGACAGGCAUACACAGGCAACAACAUUAAUACAUCAAGUCUUUGGAGGCUACCUAAGGUCUAGAGUAAAAUGUCUGAACUGCAAAGCUGUCUCUGACACAUAUGACCCAUACUUGGAUGUUGCCUUGGAAAUUAAGACUGCACCGAACAUCACCAAAGCUCUUGAACAGUUUGUUAAACCUGAACAACUAGAUGGAGAGAAUGCCUACAAAUGUACUAAGGCUGCAGAUAGGGGGGAUUACUGUCCUGGCCCCAGGCCCGAGGGGGUCCAGGAUUUGAGGUGCAAGAAAAUGGUUCCAGCCUCAAAGAGAUUUACGAUUCACCGAAGCUCCAAUGUGUUGACACUUUCUCUGAGUCGUUUUGCAAACUACAAUGGAGCCAAAAUUGCAAAGGAUGUGAGGUAUCCCGAGUACCUGGACAUGCGCCCGUUUAUGUCCCAGCCUCACGGCGAGCCUCUGGUCUACCUCCUGUACGCUGUGCUGGUUCACUCUGGGUUCAGCUGCCAUGCGGGACACUACUACUGCUUCGUCAAGGCCAGCAAUGGGCAGUGGUACGAGAUGAACGAUGCGUCUGUGUCGGUCAGCGAUGUCAGAUCAGUCCUCAACCAGCAAGCUUAUGUUCUAUUUUACAUCAGGUCACCAGAUGUGAAAAAUGGGUGGGACUACAACCAUUCCAGCCGCACGCCUGGCCAGUCCUCCCCACGGCCUAUCCUGAGCCCGCGGCCGGCCGCUCCCCGACACACCUCCAUCGGCUUCAUUGGGCCUCAGCUUCCGGCUCACAUGAACAAGAAACCCCCCCACAUCAAUGGGAACGGCUCCUUAAAGGAGCUGUCCUGUGGCUCCAAGCCCAGCAGCAGCAGCAGCAGCGUCGGCCGCACCGGCCCUGGUCUCUCCUCCUGCUCCAGCGCUCCACAGCUCAUCAGCCGUCCCACUGGCAUCCCCGAGCCUGCUAAGAGACCGAAGCUCUCCUUCCCCAUUGGUCAGGGGAAGACUGUUCGACUCUCGCAGGCCCCGCCCACCCUUCAAAGCAACCCCAGCUGCUCUCAGUCCAUUUCCUCUGUCUCGCACGCCCAGCCUUCCUCAUCCGCCUCCUUCGCCUCCUCAUCAUCAUCUUCGUCCUCCUCAUCCUCUUCUGCCUCCUCAAAGUCUACCUCAGAAAACCGGGCAGCGGCGCUGUCUCGCCCUGAUGCCCCCCCCGUCCCCCGGCCUCCCCGUGUCAAUGGCACGGCCCUCAACCACUGCGCCACCUUCCUGGUGCCCUACGGCCAGGAGUCCUCGGAGGAGUCCGACCAGGAGGGCGGCGCCCUGGAGAACGGCCUGGCCAAGCCCCGCUUCCCCACCGCUGUGAACGGCAAGAACGGGGGCAGCGCCUCCCCCUACGGUCCCGCCGCCCGGCCCCAGCUGGCCCCCAGAAUCAACGGCUCUGCGGCCCCAGAGGCGCGCACGCAGGAGGGUGGGACCGGACCCCCCCACAGCAUCCCCAAACCCAGCCAGAAUGGGGUGCACGAGUCCAACGGCAUCAAACACACUGAGCCGGUAGCUCCUGCCGCCCCCAAGGUUUUUGGCACGGGAAACGUUCAAAUGACGUUUCACGCGACGUUUCAGACUGCGGGGAGCAGCACAGCCAGCUCUGCCACAGAAACCCUCCCCAGAACAAACCCGUCUGCGGUCAGCAGGCCCAGCAAGGAGACGCCUCCGGCUCCUGCACACCCCUCCCCGGCGGAUCGGCCGCUGGACCAGAGCUCUGGCCACAAAGACGCCGUGCAGCAUUCCGCCGUCCCCAGCAGGCCGCCGUGCAGCCAGGACACUCGGGCUCAGACCCCCCCGCGCGCUCCUCCCCCCGCCCCCGCCGGCUCCGUGCCGGAGGUCAGCGGGGCCUGUGGAGACGCGGGCGCCACGUCCAGCGGCUCUGCGUCAGCUGACAGCCUCAGCCCCCCCGCUGCAGCCCUCAGAGCCCCCGUCUUUUUCGGCCCCGAGCUGCCCCCUGGCGGAGCCCAUCCUCACCCCGCCGUCUCCCGGGCGAUGAACCCAGCGGACAGCGGGAAGGGCGAGAGGGGCGACAGGCGGGAGGGGCAGGCGGAGCUUCGGGAGCACGACCCGCACCGCGGGGGUGGCGGGAGGGAAGGGAAGGCCAACGUGGAGAGGCAGAGGCCCCCCUCCAGAGACGGGGACGGCCCGCCCUCCUCCCCAGCCAAGGACAGGGGCAAGAGCCCGGACCGGCACCGGCACCGCAGGGAGCGGGACAGGAGCUGGGACCGGCACGCUCACAGACACCAAAGAGAGCACCGCGCGCACCGCGACAGGUCGCGCAGCUGGGACAGGCACCACCGGGACCGGGACGGCGAGCGCCGCUGGGACAGGCACGCCCACCGCCACCGGGAGGGCCGGCACAGGGACCGGAGACGCCCGUCCGCCGAGCACCACGGCAGGGACAGGGAGGAGCAGUGUGGCCGCUGGAAGUGGCCUGAGGAGGCCAGGGGGAGGGGACAUCACAGACACUCCCCCUCGGGCACGCCCCCCUCCGACCAGGACCGCCCCCCGGGACACGCCCACAGGGGCAACUCCGACAGGAAGCAGCAUCACUGGGACAGACAAUCAGAGGAGAGACGAGCGAAGAAACACAAGAAGUCCAAGAAGAAGAAGAAAACGAAGGACAAGGACCGGGAGCACUGGACCCCAGAUCCUGAGAACAUGGAGAGGAACCUGGACAGCAGCUCGUGGAAACACAAGAAGAAGAGGAAGAGAGGACACAAAGAGGUGGACUGCGAAAAAUCCCACAGAGAGAGCGACAGCGACCGGACAAGCCACAAGCGUCGCUGCCACAGGGAGGAGCCAAGUCGCCCUGAGAACGGCCUUUCCCACAAUGCACCUCAUCUCCACAUCCACACAGGUAACGGGCUAUCCCAGCCCAACGGGAUUGCUCUCCCAGGUUGUGUGAAUGGCCUGGAGGGUGAGAUAAGCCCGGGAGACACUAACUGCGGGGAAUCAGUGGUUUUUCACCAGGCUGGACAUUACAGGGAUCAAGCCACUUCCGCGAACACUUCCAAGACACCUGUUUCUCUGGGAGUGUGUGGAGUGUCUGAGAGCAGCGUGUUCAGCAGGGACGUGCUCGUUAAUGAAAAUGAAAACAGACAGUAGAGGAAGUGGUGUUCGCCUGAAUCCAGACCUGGAUGGGUGUAGAAGCCUUUCCUUAAGAAAAGAGGAUUUCAACAGCAAACGAAUGAGACCCUGGAUAUUGCAAGUGGUGCUUUAUUCAUCUGGAAUACCUUCUCUUUUUCCACAGAAGAGGUUUUAAUUUUUUUUAUAUGCUCAAUUUUUUUUUUUAAAUGUCACUCUUCGGUGGUGAAAACUAACAUGUUGGAAAUCUAAAAUAUAGCAUUUAAAUAUUUAAUUAAACAUAGUAAU